GCAGACGGCCCUGGUGGGCGAUCGAGUGGUGGUGGAGGACGUUCCCCGCGGCCGGAGCCAUGGAGAUGCCGCUGCCGCCCGAUGACCAGGAACUCCGAAAUGUCAUCGACAAGCUGGCCCAGUUCGUGGCCCGGAACGGUCCCGAGUUUGAAAAGAUGACUAUGGAGAAGCAGAAGGAUAACCCGAAAUUCUCGUUUCUGUUCGGAGGCGAGUUCUACAGUUACUACAAGUGCAAGUUGGCUCUAGAGCAGCAGCAGCUCAUCUGCAAGCAGCAGGCCCCAGAGCUGGAAGCGGCCACGGCCCUGCCACCGCUGCCACAGCCCCCGCUGGCCCCCGCGGCGCCCAUCCCGCCAGCCCAGGGCACCCCAUCCAUGGACGAGCUCAUCCAGCAGAGCCAGUGGAACCUGCAGCAGCAGGAGCAGCACCUGCUGGCCCUCAGACAGGAGCAGGUGACAGCAGCCGUGGCCCACGCGGUGGAACAGCAGAUGCAGAAGCUCCUGGAGGAGACCCAGCUGGACAUGAACGAGUUUGACAACCUGUUGCAGCCCAUCAUCGACACCUGCACCAAAGAUGCCAUCUCGGCUGGGAAGAACUGGAUGUUCAGCAACGCCAAGUCCCCACCUCACUGCGAGCUGAUGGCGGGCCACCUCCGGAACCGCAUCACGGCCGAUGGGGCGCACUUCGAGCUGCGGCUGCACCUCAUCUACUUGAUCAAUGAUGUGCUGCACCACUGGGCCCUGACGCGCGGAAGGUCUCUCCCUCACAGCCAGCGCAAGCAGGCCCGGGAGCUGCUGGCCGCCCUGCAGAAGGUCGUGGUGCCCAUCUACUGUACCAGCUUCUUGGCCGUGGAGGAGGACAAGCAGCAGAAGAUUGCCCGGCUCCUGCAGCUCUGGGAGAAGAACGGCUACUUUGACGACUCCAUCAUCCAGCAGUUACAGAGCCCGGCCCUGGGGCUCGGCCAGUACCAGGCAUUUGUCCCCGUGCUGCUCCAUAGGGUCUCGGACUUUGAGUCUCAUGUCCUGAGUGCCGGCUGCCCUGCUCUCCAUCAGGCAACCCUCAUCAAUGAGUACUCCUCGGUGGUCCAGCCGGUGCAGCUGGCCUUCCAGCAGCAGAUCCAGACCCUCAAGACACAGCAUGAGGAGUUUGUCAACAGCCUGGCCCAGCAGCAGCAGCAGCAGCAGCAGCCGCAGCCGCAGAUCCAGAUGCCGCAAAUGGAAGCUGAAGUCAAGGCCACGCCGCCGCCGCCUGCGCCGCCCCCCGCCCCCACGCCUGCCCCGGCCAUCCCGCCAACCACCCAGCCUGAUGACAACAAGCCUCCUAUCCAGAUACCCGGCUCUUCCGAGUACGACGCCUCAGGAGGGGUCCAGGACCCUGCUGCCACCGGCCCCCGGGGCCCUGGGCCCCAUGACCAGAUCCCACCUAACAAGCCCCCGUGGUUUGACCAGCCUCACCCCGUUGCUCCUUGGGGCCAACAGCAGCCUCCUGAGCAGCCCCCCUACCCACACCACCAGGGCGGGCCGCCCCACUGCCCGCCCUGGAACAACAGCCACGAGGGAAUGUGGGGCGAGCAGCGUGGGGACCCUGGCUGGAAUGGCCAGCGCGACGCCCCCUGGAACAGUCAGCCCGACCCCAACUGGAACAACCAGUUCGAGGGCCCCUGGAACAGCCAGCACGAGCAGCCACCCUGGGGCGGGGGCCAGCGGGAGCCGCCCUUCCGCAUGCAGCGGCCGCCACACUUCCGCGGGCCCUUCCCGCCCCACCAGCAGCACCCGCAGUUCAGCCAGCCGCCACACCCACACAACUUCAACCGCUUCCCGCCCCGCUUCAUGCAGGACGACUUCCCCCCUCGGCACCCCUUCGAGCGGCCGCCCUACCCUCACCGCUUUGACUACCCUCAGGGGGACUUCCAAGCCGAGAUGGGACCCCCUCACCACCAUCCUGGCCACCGCAUGCCUCACCCUGGGAUCAACGAGCACCCACCUUGGGGUGGGCCCCAGCACCCUGACUUCGGCCCUCCUCCCCACGGCUUCAACGGGCAGCCCCCUCAUAUGCGGCGACAGGGCCCUCCCCACAUCAACCACGACGACCCCAGCCUGGUCCCCAACGUGCCCUACUUCGAUCUCCCUGCCGGGCUGAUGGCCCCCCUUGUGAAGCUGGAAGACCACGAGUACAAGCCUUUGGAUCCUAAAGACAUCCGCCUCCCACCCCCCAUGCCACCCAGUGAGAGGCUGCUGGCGGCCGUGGAGGCCUUCUACAGCCCUCCCUCACACGACAGACCCAGGAACAGUGAAGGCUGGGAGCAGAACGGCCUCUAUGAGUUCUUCCGAGCGAAAAUGCGGGCCCGGCGGAGGAAAGGCCAGGAGAAGAGGAACAGCGGACCCUCAAGGUCUCGGAGCAGAUCCAAAAGCCGAGGGCGCUCCUCCUCCCGCUCCAACUCGAGGUCCUCCAAGUCUUCCGGCUCCUAUUCAAGGUCAAGGUCUCGUUCCUGCUCCCGUUCCUACUCCCGCUCCAGAUCCAGGAGCCGCAGCCGAUCACGCUCCUCACAAAGCCGCUCCCGGACCCGCUCGCGCUCUCGGUCCAAGUCCUAUUCCCCGGGAAGGAGACGUCGGUCGCGGUCCAGGAGCCCCACCCCGCCUUCCUCGGCUGGUCUGGGUUCUAAUUCAGCACCUCCUAUACCUGACUCCAGGCUCGGGGAAGAGAACAAAGGACAUCAGAUGCUGGUGAAAAUGGGCUGGAGUGGAUCUGGCGGCCUCGGCGUGAAAGAGCAAGGAAUCCAGGACCCCAUCAAGGGGGGGGACGUCCGGGAUAAGUGGGACCAGUACAAGGGCGUGGGUGUGGCCCUGGACGACCCCUACGAGAACUACCGCAGGAACAAGAGCUAUUCCUUCAUCGCCCGCAUGAAGGCCAGGGACGAGUGCAAGUAGGCGCGGCGUGGGCAGGGAGCCACGCCAGUGGCCGGCCACCGGCAGCGAGGACGGUUGGACCCUUCUUGGUUUACUGGCAGUGGAAGAUGGUAGGGACAGCUCGGUUCUCACACUGUCUCCAUCUGUGGGGAGCGACAGAAGAGAAGGAAGACUUCGGCAGGCCUUGUGACGAGUGCCACGCUUGAUGGCGCGGAAGGCCCAGGCCCCACCUGCAAACCAGCUCUAACGUAGCAGCAAGAGUCACGAGGAGAUGCCCAGCCAACUCGACCAUGAGCUUAUUUCCCUGGACAGUGAAGCGAGAAACAUAAGGCCCCUGGAUAAGAAUUCUUGUCAUCUGCAGGAACGGCUGUCUCACAUCUCCCCUCAGCCUGAGCCUCUAAAACCAGUGGGAGUGCAUGGAGGAGGGGCCCUGAGGGCACACGCCAGCCCAGCCCAAGGGGCCGGCCCUCCCACUCCCCCCAUCAGUUGUGUUGUGAGAAGGCUCAGGCCAGGCGCUGGUACUGCUCACUCUAAAAAUGGAAAAACAAAACCUUUUUGAUUUGCAAAGUUAAACAGGGUUUUCAUUUUUACUCCAGAUGGUUUAGUUUUAGAAAAAAAUACUGAUCUAGGUUGAUACCCAGUGAGAUAAUUUGAAACCUGAUUCCUCUGAGACAUACUAGCCCUUAGUUACUUAAGCUGUUUAAGUUGAAGUGGUUUUUUUUGUUUUGUUUUUUGUUUUUGUUUGAACGUUAGCCAUUUGCUGUUCCCUGCAGAAACAAAAGGUUCUGAAGAAACUUAUCUGAGGCAUCUCCAGGUCACAUAAUGAUGACGCCCUUGGAGAAUAUGUACCCUUCGUGUCUCUACUUGUGUUUUUCACGGAGAGGAACCCGCACACCAGCACUCACGUGCAAUGGCCCAUUCACAUCCAGAGUGUGGAGAGUGACCACCGGCCCUGCUUCCUGCUCUGUCACUUCCUUUGCCUGCCCCAAGCCGCCCCCAAAGGGAGGUGAGGCUGGAGGGAGCCGCCUCUGCCGGGAGCUGCUGAGUGACCGCCUGGGAUCGGCUGCACUCAGCAUCCGCAGGCAGCUUGGUGCGGUGCCAUUUAUUUGUACAGAAACAUUUUUGAAAAAUUCUUUUCAAUGAGAUGCAAAAUUUUCUCCAACUUUUCCACCUGAUGUGAUAAAAUAUUUGAUUUUGUUCUAGAUUUCCUGUAGCUGUGAAUUGUUCAAACGUGUCUGAUUCAGGAUAAAAUGUAAACGUGUUGUUAACAAUUUCUUGUGGAUUUUACUGUUUUGCCUUCAAAUAAAGACUUUUUUUUUAAA